UUUAAUUUGGUGAAUUUGUGAAUUUUUAUUAUUGUGGAUGUUCGUUGAGAUGUCUUGGGGACGUCCGUCAUUGUGCAGUGUGAUGUCCUUAUGACGUGACAGUGCUGUAGGAAGUUUUUAUGACCUGACUUGUUUUUAGGAAGUCCGUCGGAUGUCCGCCGAGACAUCCGUCCCACCGUGGAUAACCAGAAAAUUGCAAACUAUUCUGUUUGCUGCUCAGCAAUUAUUUGAACUCCCUUUUUGUCAGUGUAUUUCAUGUUCUUUUUGAGGUCUCUCUCUCUACAUUCUCUUUUCCUUGCUAUUAGAAUUGGCUGUGUAAAGAAAUUCAAGAAAGGUGCUUUUUUAGUAGGGAGGUUUAGUAUGUGAUUUGUUUCUAGAAAAUCAAGAAAGGUGCUUUUUUUUAUUAGUGAGGUUUCAUCUUUGCUGUAUUUCUGUUUGUGGGUCGUGGUCGUCUAGUAUUUGGAGGAUAAAGUAGAUAAUUUUAUGUGGGUCAUGCCUAUAUUUUUUGCAGUCUUUUUCAUGGAUAUUUAAAGGGGAAUACCCAAAUUUCGAGUGUUAAUUAAUUCUGUUGAUAUCGUCUUCAGUUGGUGGUGGGGGGGGGGGGGGGUUGAAUUUUUAUUGUGGAUGUUCAUUGAGAUGUCUUGGGGACGUCCGUCAUUGUGCAGUGUGAUGUCCUUAUGACGUGACAGUGCUGUAGGAAGUUUUUAUGACCUGACUUGUUUUUAGGAAGUCCGUCGGAUGUCCGCCGAGACAUCCGUCCCACCGUGGAUAACCAGAAAAUUGCAAACUAUUCUGUUUGCUGCUCAGCAAUUAUUUGAACUCCCUUUUUGUCAGUGUAUUUCAUGUUCUUUUUGAGGUCUCUCUCUCUACAUUCUCUUUUCCUUGCUAUUAGAAUUGGCUGUGUAAAGAAAUUCAAGAAAGGUGCUUUUUUAGUAGGGAGGUUUAGUAUGUGAUUUGUUUCUAGAAAAUCAAGAAAGGUGCUUUUUUUAUUAGUGAGGUUUCAUCUUUGCUGUAUUUCUGUUUGUGGGUCGUGGUCGUCUAGUAUUUGGAGGAUAAAGUAGAUAAUUUUAUGUGGGUCAUGCCUAUAUUUUUUGCAGUCUUUUUCAUGGAUAUUUAAAGGGGAAUACCCAAAUUUCGAGUGUUAAUUAAUUCUGUUGAUAUCGUCUUCAGUUGGUGGUGGUGGGGGGGGGGGGGGUGAAAGGUGCCCAUCAGAGUUGUUGUCUGAAAGUUUUGUGAUUGAAGUUUUUGGAUAUGAAUGGUUUUUAUAUUCCAAGAUGGCUCUAUCCCUUAUUCUUGUUGUGUUUCUUUCAGCUUCAAAUGAGUUUUGAUUAGGGAGAGGUGGGAUGCUGUUGGAGGGCUUUGUGAUUUAAGGUGGCUGUAUCCAGAUGUAAAUGAGUUAAUGAGGUCAGUGUGAGAGGUGGGGAGUGCAUUCAGAUGGACAGGAGGAGUUGGCUGUGGCGGCGAAAGUCUUCGGAGAAAAGUCCCAGUGGGGAAACGGAGAGCUUGGGGUCAGUGUCAUCACACUCCGAAAGAUUCUCCGAUGAUCAGAUUCCAUCAAAUCAUAACAUUCAGUCCCCCGAAGUCACAUCUAAAGCUUCACCGGACGAUGAACUUAAUGAUAGCGUGAAGACUCUCUCGGAGAAACUAUCUGCAGCUCUUCUCAAUAUCGGUGCUAAGGAAGACUUGGCUAAGCAACAUGCGAAAGUAGCAGAGGAAGCUGUCUCAGGAUGGGAGACGGCUGAGAACGAAGUCUUGGUCCUAAAGAAACAGAAUGAUUCCCUAACUCAGAAGAAUUCAGCCCUCGAGGAACGAGUUGAUCAUCUCGAUGGAGCCCUUAAGGAGUGUUUGAGACAGCUUAGGCAAGCAAGAGAAGAUCAAGAAGAGAAAAUUUAUGGAGCCCUUGCCAAUAUGAGUAGUGAAUGGGAAUCGAAGAAGUCUGAGCUCGAGAGCCAGCUAUCCGAGCUCCGUGACCAACUUCGAGAUGCUAAAUCAGACGUGAGUGUGCUUGCUGAUGUUCGUUCUAAACUUGAAGCCGCGGAGAAAGAGAACUCGAUGCUAAAGAUGAAGCUUCUUUCGAAAGAGGAAGAACUGGAGCUAAGGAUCACCGAGAGUGAUAUGAGUGUUUACACUGCUGAGAAUGCUAGCAAACAGCAUCUUGACAGCAAAAAAAAGGUCGCUAAGCUCGAAGCAGAAUGUCGGAGGCUGAAGGCACUGGUUAAGAAAGCAACGCUCACCAAUGAUCACCAAUCGGUUACCACAUCAUCGGUAUAUGUUGAAUCUUUCACAGACAGUCAAUCGGAUAAUGGAGAGAGACUGCUGUUUAUGGAAAAUGAUAGCUGCAGAAUAAGUGGAUUUGAGUCGAUUGAUAAGGACUUGGAACAAUCUAAGCACGAAACAGCGCUUGGAAGAAGUCUCAUCGUCCCUUCAGUUGAGAUUGAUCUAAUGGAUGAUUUUCUCGAGAUGGAGAGGCUUGCAGCGCUGCCUGAAACGCGUAAUGGGAGUGGACCUGGUUCAGGGAUCGAUGGUGAAGAAAGUCUGUUGAGGAUUGAGCUGGAUGAAAUGACGAAGCGUGUAGCUGAACUCGAAGAUAGCUUGAAGAAGAUAACAUCAGAGAAAGUGAAUUUAGAGAUUUCUCUUUACGAAAGCCAAAUUAAGCUUGUGGCAUCGGAGAGUCAGCUGAAGCAAACAGAGGUGACAUUAGAGGACCUGAAAAAGCAGCUUGUUCUUGCUGAUGAAGCUAAGAAAGACGCACGCAAACAAGUCGAGUAUACUAAUGUGAAGCUCGAGAACUCAACGAAACUCUUAGAUGAAGCAGAAGGGAAACUGAUCAGGGUUCAGGAUAAGUUAAGUGAAGUGGAAGAACUAAAGAGUAAACUCGAGUUGCAACUCGAAGAUGCCAAUUUAAAGCAAGCGGAAUCAGAGAAAAAAUUCAAAGCGAUGGAGCAUGAACUGAAAACCUCGCGUUCGAGCAUUAGUAUGCUAGAAAAAGAAGUUGAGAAACAAAAGAUUCAUUCAAGGGAAGCUGUUGCUAAGUGUGAGACACUGGAAGCUGAGCUAUCAGGAACGAAGUCCAGCUCUCUGUCACAGAGAUCAGCAAUCAUCGAGGAGUUCAGAGCUAAUCAGGAUAAGGAGUUGGCAGAUGCUGCUGGUCGAUUCGCUGAGUGUCAAAAGACGAUAGCUUCCCUCUGCCGCCAGCUGAAAACUCUUGCCACGUUGGAAGAUUUCUUGAUCGACUCUGAAACAGCAACUGCGGUCGUCUGAGAAAGCAGUUGCGAGUUCCAAGCUCGGUGAGGGCCCUGAGAUCGCGUUUUUAAGUGCUUAACCGAUGGCGAGAGGGUAAUCCCGAGUUUCUGCACCGGCUAUGAGAUGUUGAGGCUGCUGCUAUGGAGUGGAGAGCAUUGAUCUGUUCCUUACAAAGGAGUGAAUGAGGCGCAAAAUUUUCUUCUUGUAUUUUUAGUUCACCAUCGAUUGAUUGUUUAUAAUUGCCAUGAAUAAUUUAAUUAUGUUAUAAAAAUUAUAAUAUGAUAGAAUGUUAGUACAA